UGGAUGGUACAGAAAGAGCGUUCACUGUAUCAUCAAGGUUGGCUUUUCAAUAAACUUUUGUUAAAAGCUAUUUUCGUGUACGAUAGAUCUCGUACGGAUUUGUAUCAUUAAAAUAGAAGUUUGUUAAAUUAUUUACGGAAUGAUUAAAACUUGCUGCUUGAUCAGGAAGAUCGCCGCUUCGCGGUUGGUAACAAAAGGGCGUUGACAUUUAAUCAGAAAGGCGAAACGAGAAGAUACGUUUGUGACAUUAAUUCGACAGUAGCAAUCCGAUCGGAUUCGUUGUUGCUCUCAAUCUCCUAUGUAUUAAUCGAGAAACAUGUCAAUUAAUUUAACGAAAAAUAAUGACGGCUUGGUGGCCGCCUGGCACAGCGUAGUCGACGAUAAAUCGUCUACUAACUGGGCUGUAUUUGGAUAUGAAGGACAAUCUAACAAUUUAAAGGUUGUCAGUACCGGAUGUGGUGGAUUGGAGGAGAUGAUUGAGCAUUUAAAUAGUAGUCAUAUCAUGUAUGCCUUCUGUCGAGUGAUAGAUACUAAAACAAGCCUGCCAAAAUGUCUGUUGAUAAAUUGGCAAGGAGAGGGUGCUCCUAUAGUGAGAAAAGGGACAUGUGCAAACCAUAUUAGAGAUGUAGAGAAAUUAUUGAAAGGUGCUCAUAUAACAAUUACGGCCCGCUCUGAAGAUGAUGUGGAAGUAGAUUCUAUUAUGGAAAAACUGGCCAGAGCCACUGCAUCUGCAUAUAAAUUUAAUGAGCCUAGAGGGGAAAAUGAAGGGAAUGCAGGGCCAGUUGGUACCACAUAUCGAAGAGUAAUCCCUGAGCAAGAGAUAAACGCAAUCGAACGAGAUCAAUUUUGGCAGAAAGAAGAAUUGGAGGAAAAGAAGAGGCUGGAACAAGAACGUAUUAAGUCUGAGAAAGAACGUUUACGGCUUGAAGAAGAAGUUAGAAAGAGAGAGGAGAAGGAAGCAAUGCUUAGAGAACAACAAGUCACUGCCAAAGAGAACUCAAUAGCACGACAGAAGUUGGCUGAGCAACAGGCAGAAGAAGCGUACCACAAAUGCAAUCGUGUAGCACCAACUCAGUACUAUAAUAACGAAGUCGAUGAUUACCAUAAAUCGCGAAGUGAAGAGUUACGACUGCAAAGAAGUAAAGAAACACAACAAUUAAUUGCUCAAAGAACAAUAAAUGCGCGAGCCGUGUUUGAGCAGAACACGGCUGCCGGUCAAAUGAAGACUACCUCGGUGCAACAGCAAUAUGUACAAAAAAAUAGUCACGUGGAGGCAGCUAAAAAAGCGCUGGAAGAGAGUCAGCAGAAGGAGAUACCUCAUACUAAAGCACAGGAAGAAAUAAAGACUGAAAUGAACAAAGCACAUAACGUGGAAACAGCCACGAAUUCUGCUGCAAGCAUACCGGAAACACAAAGUCAGUCUGUAGUGUCUAAAACGAGUGAACCGCAAGAGGAGGCUGAACAACCAUCAGCUACGAAAGAAGCUGUCAUCGAAGACAACGAGUUGUACAGUCAAAUGGAUGGCCAGUACUUAUAUUUCGACAUCAAUAACGAAGGAAUGAAAGCGAGGGCCUUGUACGACUAUCAAGCAGCCGAUGGUACGGAGAUUACUUUUGAUCCCGGUGAUAUUAUUACACACAUAGAACCAAUUGAUGAAGGAUGGUGGCAGGGUCUCGGACCCGAUGGAAUUUUCGGGCUUUUUCCCGCUAAUUAUGUCGAAGUUAUCGAGUACGACCAAACGCGAUAAGGAACAGCUUGUGCGCAGCUUGUGAACAUAGAAUAUCUUUUCUUUCGGUCGAAAAGGAACAGUACUUGCUUUUUUGCAUACAGAUGUGAUUCAUGUUUUCAUGUUUUUAACUUGUAACUUCGUAUUUUCUUUCUGUUAAGAUAAUACACGGUUUUAAGAAUUUAGGUGCAUUCUCUCUCAUACUCUGAAGUUAAACGAAUAGCACGUACACAUUUAUAAUGAGAGAAGAGAUUACGUUUUAAAUAUUUGAUGCACGCUCAUUAACGAAGGAAUUUCAUACUUUUAACGAUAAUUACAGAGACAAGAUUUUAAACUUUCAUAGUCUUACAAUGCCAAUACAUAUACGAAUGGCGAAGUACGUCUUCCCAUGUUUACCGUCAUGUCGAAAAUUGAAUUAGCUGUAAACAAAUAUAUGUCUUUAUAACAUCCUCUGUCGGUGACCGACGCAAUGGUAAAAAUAGUAUAUUUAAUAACUUAGCGGACACCCUUUAAAUAUAUUUACAAAGUGUAAUAAGUACAUAUUUAGGAACAUGUUUAAUUCUCUAAAUAAAUACUUAAAUUUGUUAUAGUAA